CCGAUAGAGAACAAACAUCAAGUAUUUAAGAUGGACCCAGUGGUCCAUGACAUGUUAGUUCCCAUUUCAGUUAACUCUAAAUCAAACAUGGAAAAGUUCCUCCUUUAUUCUCUUCUCUUUUCUUUUGCAAUAAUCUCAUGUUCAGCCACUACCUACAAUGUUGGUGAUACCUCUGGCUGGGACAUUAGCAGUAGUCUCGAUACAUGGACUGCAGAUAAGAAGUUCCAGACAGGAGAUGCUCUUAGUUUCCAGUAUUCAUCAAUGUACAGUGUGGAUGAGGUUACAAAAGAAAAUUAUGACACAUGCAACACAUCCAAUAUUUUGAAAAGCUAUGGGAAUGGGAACACAACUGUGCCAUUGACAAAAGCUGGGGAAAGGUAUUUUAUAUGUGGAAACAAGUUGUAUUGCCUUGGAGGGAUGAAGCUCCAUGUUCAUGUAGAAGAUAACAAGAAUACUACAAUUUCACCUACUCUGGCACCUAAGGCUGUGGCAGGAUCAAAUCAAAGGAUUAACUCAGUUCCAGAGUCUCCUUCAUCAAAGAAGAGCACACAAUUUUCAAAGGGAGUGACAAGUUGUGCAGUGGAUGCACUUCAGUUAGUUUAUAUUGCUCUUAUGGCUACUAUUUAUGGGAUGUUGCAUAAUUGAGCAUAUAAGAACUGCAACUGAAGAAACAGCUAUAGAUUCAUGUUUUGAGUAUGUUAAAGACUUUCUGAUAUUGAUAAUGAAAAGAAAGAAAAGAGUCUUUUGCUUGGUUUGGAAGACUCAUAUACAGCAUAUGUUGUACAUGUAUGUUGAACAAUGUUUGUAUGACAGGCACAUUCAUAUUGUUUGUAUGACAGCCUUGCUGUAUUGGUCCCUCAUGAAAAUGGUUUGCCACAUAUUUCAAUA